CCAGAAGAAGUGGCCAGUUGAGCCGGUUUGUUUCACCGUUGAACACGUCCAUGAACUCUUCUCUCAUAAGUGCAAAGUAUUCAUUUUAAUUUUUUUUUCCUUUUAUUUUCUUCUGUUUAAGAGAAAUUUUCCAUCAUGUGCGACAAAAGAAAAUUUGGAUGGCUGCUUCUAGCUUUCGUUAUAAGUUUUUCUCAAAAAGAUAUAAAUGUUGAUGGAACUCAAAAGUUCACCAGAAACGCAUCAUCGACAAAUGAUGAUAUUGACGAUUUUAUUCCGUAUCAGGGGGAGCGAUUCAAUGUAUUUGACUGGAAUAUUUUCAAAAUAAUGUCAAAGAAAAAUCCGGGAAAUAUGUUGAUUUCUCCGAUAUCAACGAAAUUGGCAUUAAUUUAUUUAUACGAGGGUGCUCAAGGCAAAACUGCACAAGAAUUGGCAACUGCUUUGCAUUUGCCCAUAAACCGAGCUGUCACGAGAGAUAAAUUCACGACAAUCUUACAAUCACUACAGGCCAAGAAUCCUGAUUACACAUUGAAUGUUGGGACCCGCAUUUACGUUGAUUCUGCUUUACAACUUCGUCAAAGAUACUCGGCAAUCGUAAAAAUGUUUUACUCCACAGAUGUUGUAAGUGCAAACUUAACGGACACACAUGCUGUUGCUGACAAUAUAAACAAUUGGGUGAACAAUAUCACUGAGAGUAAUAUUCAAAAAAUCAUUGAAGACGAAAGCACUUUAAGGGAUUCAGUGAUGGUUGUCGUGAAUGCAUUAUUUUUCAAGGGAACUUGGGAUCGACAUCCAUUUUCACUGAAAGCAACGAGAAUUGGAAAAUUCUAUUCAACAGAAACGUAUUCCGUUGAUGUGCCAAUGAUGCAUUCAUAUGCUCGAUUUUAUUACUCCUCGUCUUCAGAAUCAGAAUUAGAUGCUAAGAUCCUUCGUAUUCCCUAUUCAGGUCAAAAAUAUGCCAUGUAUUUUAUUCUGCCACGAAAAGCAAAUUCAUUGGAUUCAUUGGUGGAGAAAUUGAAUUCUCACGCUUUUACCAAACAAACUUGGCUGAUGCAGGACAUGUCUUUGGCGGUUGUAAUUCCAAAAUUCAAAUUUGACUUCACCAGCCAUUUGGAAUCAACUCUAAAAGAGAUGGGCAUUCAAGAUAUUUUCGAAAAUUCUGCAACUUUAACUGGAAUAUUGCGUACGAGUUCAACAUCCCCAUCAGUUUCAGUUUCGGAAAUCGUUCAAAAAUCUGGAAUCGAAGUGAACGAGAAGGGCACCGCUGCUUAUGUUGCCACAGAAAUUCAAAUUUCCAAUAAAAUUGGCGAAGAAACAUUCAUUGCAAAUCGUCCAUUCGUUUUUUACAUUGAAGACGAGACAACCGGCACAAUUCUAUACAUGGGCAAAGUGGUGAAUCCUCUGGAAGAAGUUGGCAAUUUAAAUACGAACUUCCCGACAAAGGUUAAUCAAGAAACAAAGCAGCCAACUGGACCAGUAUCACCAGUAUCAGGAGUGGAAGAACGUCACAAUAUUUUCAACAUAGAAUUACUUCAGGAAUUAUGUGACAAUUCUCAAGGAAAUUUGGUGAUAGCACCAGCGGGUGUAAAGGCUGCCCUAAUGACAAUUGCAGAAGGAAGUGGAGGGCACACUCGACAACAACUAUUGUCCACCCUAAGACUACCAGUUGAUGAUUACGGUAUCAAGGAAGCUGUAAAACGUACCCUCAGUCCUUUUACAGCAAUGCAGAAUAGUGGAAUAAAUAAUACCGAAAUCACAAUGGCCUCGGCUCUUUGGACGGCGGACGAUGUCGUCAUGUCUAACGAAUAUAAGGAGAAUUUGGUGAAAAAUUACAACAGUCAAGUGUUUUCGAUCAAUUUCAAAGAUGCUGCGAAUUCGGCUAAGAAUAUUAAUAAUUGGGUCAAAUUGUCGACAAACAAUCAAAUAUCGUCAAUUGUCGAACCAGGAGGUUUGAGUUCCGCCAGUCAAUUAUUAAUAACGAAUGCAAUUUACUUCAAGGGAGCUUGGCUUCAUGCGUUCGAUAAAAAGCAAACUCGACCGAGAUGUUUUCAAACUUUCAAAAAUGGUUGUCAAGAGGUUCACAUGAUGGAGAGCAUUGGCAAAUAUCGUUACGGAUUUCUUCCUUCGUUAGAUGCGGAAGUCAUUGAAAUUCCAUAUACGGGUGGAAAAAUUUCAAUGCUUCUUUUACUACCCGCCAGGCAAGGAGAGCACGCACUGCAAAUUCUCUCGAAAGAUCUCUCUUACAUUCCAAUAUCGAAUCUAUUCAAAAAUUUACUACCAACGGAAAUUUUACUCCAACUUCCCAGAUUUAGUAUCGAGAAUAAAUUAGAUUUACGCUCAUCCCUCGAACAUUUGGGCAUUAGAGACUUAUUUGAUGCGAAAGCGAAUUUAUCACGAAUAAUAACAAAGAAAGCAACUCAUGUCAAUAGUGUGCUUCACAAUGCAAAAAUUGAAGUCAACGAAAGUGGAACUAUUGCUGCUGCAGCUACAGCAAUUUCGGUAGUGCCAUUAAUGACUCCCUCGCUACAAGCAUUCAGAGCAAAUCGUCCAUUCCUAUUUGGUUUAGUGGACCUUGAAUCGAAUAAUUUGCUUUUUGCAGGACGAGUUGUUUUACCUGCACCUGCAGCAGGUUGAAAUGCUUUUGGAAAUACUUAUAAAAAAUAUUCUUUUUCUCAUUUCGUAUAUGACGUAAAUAUAAAUGUACCAUAAAUGUCUUCGAUAACUAAAAGUGAUCCAGAAAAAAAAAGAAAAAAAAAUUGUUUUUUAUGUAGUUUCUUUAGUUAAAAUAAGAAAUUUGUCUAUAACAAAUAAAUAAAUUUAAUUAUAAUUUAUAAUAAUUUUAUAUUUAAUUUAAUUUAUCACUCGGAGGGAAAAAAAACUCGGAGGGAUCGAUUAAAUCAUCAACAUAAUAAUAAAAAUAAUAAUAAUUAUUAUUAUAAUAAAUAUAAUUUUUUUUCUC